AUGGCCUUCAACGAAUCGCAGCCGAGUUUCCCGCAUCCGACCGAUAUCGAGUGCCUCAAGAAGGCGUUAGGCUUACCCUCGAUUUGUCUGGCGACCACCGUAAACGAGGUACAGUGUGGAACGCCUAUUUCUCACAAAGAAAAGGUUGAUCCAAUUCUCUCGAGUCUUCUUAACCCUUUCGACACUACGACAAUACCCGGAAGCUAUAUGAGCCGCACCGAUCAAUUGCUCUUUCGGUUGCUUUGGGUCCCUCUGUGUCCCUCUAGGAGUCAACACAGUGCUCCUUCCUAUAACAUGUUGUCUCUUGAUACCCUUCGUGAUCGAUUCCAGAAGUGGAAGCUAUCUGAAGAGAAAGAUAAAGCGAAUGAUGAGGCGUCAACAGCUGGAGUCGGUGGGUGCCAUGAGUCUCAAACUUCCGCCUUAAGUGAAGGGUUUCAACGCGAUACAGUUCAUGAUGCAGCCUUCGAUAGCGAAAAGGACAAUGAGCAUGAUGAGGAGGAUGAGGAUAUUGAUGAAGAUGACGCCAGCUCCCACAGCGAGGAACAACCCAGCGAAUACCAAUCCGACGAGUAUCAACCCAGCGAGCAGCAAAAUGACAAGCACAGUAAGGGGCGAACCAACAACGCGCUUGACGGGAAACCAACAGAAGUGCCCAAGAAUAAGCUUUGCGAAAGUCUGGAUGAACAACUUAGGCAGAGCAGAGAAACUCUGUUGCAUGCGACAGAUGAUCAAGGCCCGACAAGCUUGGCAACCCCACCUCGAACAACGAACAACUCUUCUAAAUCCGAGUCUGGCAGCAAAGAUGAACCGGAUUCGCGAAGUGAAGCUUCGACCCCAGUUCCGAUCAUAUUUUCGCCAUCUGAGCCUUCUUUUGCCGACACCCCAGAUACGGAGAAAACAACCAGUCCUACUGACUGGCAAGAUAAGGACGAUUAUUUCGAUAGUCCAAGCCUAAAUAGGGGCCCCUCUGCACGGUUGGGUGAAAGGUUGUCGAUUCCGCCCCCCGCCAUGUCUUCCCUGUUGCAACCCAAGACGCCAGAAUCACAUAAUGAAGAGCGACCGACCACACCGUUUAACAGCAAGAAUCCAGAAUCAGCAGGAAAAUAUUCAACGCAAAGGGGGAGAUCUGUCUCAACGAAAAAACAAACGCCGAGGACACCUCUUCACCCCUCCAGAACCCUAGCGGACGGUACCAAAACAGCCGAAAUAUGGGACAUAUCGGCCAAAUCGAACGCUCUGAGGGAUAUUUUAGACACGAUGCGAACCAUUGCAAAAGGAGAUCAUGGUGUUCCCGGCCAUGUGUACGCCUACAAACACAAGUCCGUUCCGGGACACAUAAAGAUCGGGUUCGCCAAGGAUAAAGGAGAUUCUUCCGAAAAAUCGCAUGUUGUGUUGCAUCCCGUGGGCGAACACAAAGACCUUCAUCUAUGGAAGAGAUUGAAAGAUCAAGAAUUCAAAUGCAUGAGCGACAUGGAGGUCCUAUUCGCAGUCUACAUGCCAUGCGCCGCUGGCCAAAUGGAACGGUUAGUUCAUCACACCCUUUACGAGGAGAAGCGGAUAGCACACUGCCAAAAUUCAGUGUGUGGCAGAAGGCACAAUGAGUGGUUUGUUGUGGACAAAGAGCGAGCUUUUGAGGUAAUUUCGCGGUGGGCAGAGUUCAGCAGGUUGUUCCCGUAUGACAAAAUUGGCUCUCUGGGCGUGAGUUGGCAUGACCAUGCGCAUAACUAUAGCAAACUGUCCUCAUCAAUGACAUUGGAGGAGUGGUGGAACGGCCCAUGGAGCGAUUUCAUAGAGGCCCAGGAAAUCCAACACGAUCAGCAGCUCGCUGCUGCGUUAGAUGAAAAAGCAAGCAGCCAACAGGAGGAGACUAGUCUUUUGGAUGUCCAACUUGAGAUUCAACUGGAAAGAAAUAAAUUGCAACAGGAGAAGAAUGAAUUGGAGCAGUAUGCGACCACAUUGCGUGAGGAAAAGGUCAAAAGAGAUUUAGAUAGGACACGAGAACGCCAGCAAGAGCUUCAACAGCGGAUAGAGAAGUUGUUAUUGAGAUAG